AUUUUUUUUUUUUUUAAAAGUAUGGGAUUCGAUUCUCUCAUUUACUGCCGACCAAUAGGAGUUCCGGGCCUAUAGGGCUGCAAGGGGAAAGAAAAGGGAAGUUUCUUGGAAAAGGUUUUUUAAGGGUAGAUCGGCGAGGAACCGACCCUUAUAAAAGGAUACUAUAUCACUACUGUCAACUCCAAACAGAAACUGGAUUUGUUUGGAAAGAAAACAAACAAGGAAGAAAGAGCAGCAAUGGCUAAAACAAGAAAGCUUCCUAUGAAGAAGCGAGAAACUAAGAAGCAAAGAUCUGUUAGUUUCACUAAAAGACGUUACGGCCUUUUUAACAAAGCAGCAGAACUGUUCAUGCUUUGUGAUGCUCAACUUGCUCUUCUUGUUUCCUCUCCUUGUUCACGAAAGGUUUACUCCUUUGGCCAUCCUUCUGUCGAUGUUAUACUUGAUGCUUUUCUUGAAAACCAUCUUCCCAUUGCCAGUGACGGUAAAGUUAAGCAACGGGCACUUUCUCUUUUGAAUGAAAUCAAAGGCUUAGAGAGAGAUAUUAAGAGUAGCAGCACUCAAAGAAACAAGAAUUUAGAGAAUGUAGCAUCUGGGUUUUCUUCUGUUUUUGAGUGUUUUGAAAAUUCCCAAUCGAUUGAGGAGUUGCGACCGGUGGUUAAUGCUUUAGAGAAGUUGGUUGAUGAGGCCAAGAGUAGGGCUAAUAACUCAGUUUCUUGCGUUCUAAGAAAUGAAAAUGGUGGGGAUGGGGUUGUUCAAAUCGCUGAUGAUUCCAGCUUAAUAACUACUAAUGGGUUUUGCAGUCUAAACCAAACUGAUUAUAUUUCCUCUUGUAACAUCAGUGAUACUUCUCCAACUGCCAAAAUUGACAGUAACAAUGUAUUGACCCUUCAAGACUCCGAUUCUGUGCACAAUUCUGAUAGAACUAGUGUUCUUCCAUUGAAUGUUCCAAUUGGCAAAAAGAGCAACAAUUUAUUAGAGCUGCCAGAGUCGACAUCUUGGAUCCAUUACAGUGGGAUGAAGGGCAAGCAGGUUGACAGCAACAUAAUCACUGAUCACGUACACAACUCUGGUUGUGUAAAUGGGUAUAAAAUUAUUGAUGGAAAGACCAAUUCAGGACAAGAUGAGAAUUGGGACUGGGCUAAUUUCAGCUCAUCGGAUAUCACUUACCAAACUGUUCCUGCUGGUAAUAACUAUGAAGAUUUACUGGACUGGCUUUUCUCCUGAGUUGCUGUAUUUGGGCAGGAAUACUAAUUUGGCAAGUUUAGAUUUUCUUUUUCUUAAGGUUAAUUUGCAAAGCUGACGAUCACGAGCAGGAUUGAAUUUGUGAGAGGCCAUGUGCAAGAGAUUAGGAAAAAGAUUUACCAUUAGGAAGUAAUUUGCAUUUACUUGUUACUGUUUUAACCAUUGAUAUGGAUAAAUAGUUUUGUGA